AAUACGUCAAGUGUCGAAGCUACUAAAUUGCACAAAUUCCGUAACUUUUAGCUUGUUUGAGUUGUCAAAUAACUUUAAAAGUUCGGGUUUAGUUUCUGAAACUGAAGACUCCAAAUUUCGCUGAUAUUUAACGAAAUUGGCCAACGUUACGGUUAGCUACGUUUGGAGAAAAAAGUAAAGGCGCUGCUAAUUUUAAAACGGACAGAUUAAUCCGCAGAUAAUGAGGGGUGUGAGCCACACGCAGGCCAGCCAGCUGCUCCAUAACAAGUUCAUUGUGGUGCUGGGAGACUCCAUUCAGCGGUCGGUGUACAAGGACCUUGUUCUGCUGUUGCAGAAGGAGCAACCUCUCACUUUGGCGCAGCUGAGGAGCAAGGGUGAGAUGAGCUUUGAGCAAGACUGUCUGGUGGAAGGAGGUUGUCUAAGUCAAAUGCACAAUGGAACGGAGUACCGAGAGGUUCGGCAGUUUCGGUCCGACCACCACCUGGUCCGCUUCUACUUUGUGACGCGCGUCUACUCGUACUACAUGAAGAGCAUCCUCGAAGACUUCCGUCGUGGCUUGAAACCAGAUGUAAUCAUUGUCAACUCCUGCUUGUGGGAUAUUUCAAGAUACUCUGGUUGGAUGGAUACGUACAAGGAGAACCUACAGAAGUUCUUUAUUGAGUUGAAGGAGACUCUGCCUGAGGAAACCCUGGUCAUCUGGAGCCUCACCAUGCCCUUAGGAGAGAAGAUCAAAGGUGGUUUCCUGGUGUCUGAGAUUGAGCACAAGGCUCCCCAGCUGCGUGACGACGUGAUAGAAGCCAACUUUUACAGCGGGACUCUGGGUGACUUUUAUGGAAUGGAUGUAUUGGACCUCCACUUCCAGUUCCGCUUCUCCCUGCAGCAUCGCACCAAGGACGGAGUCCACUGGAACGCCCUCGCUCACCGCAGGAUAACCUCUCUGCUGUUGCAGCACAUUGCAGAGGCCUGGGGUGUCUCUAUGCCCCGCACGACUGCUGGGCUUCCUGGGGUUAAUGAUCAGCAGCCAUCUCAAAGGAAUGCUACGAAAUGUGCGGUUGACUACUCAUCAACCGGAAAUUUCGACAACUACAGUCAGGAGUUGAACAGUGCUUCCCUCCCCCUCAGCUACUUUGGAGCUCACAAACCUGCACCACCAUCACUGCUUAACCCACCGAUGCAGUGGCAUCAACAAAAACACAGGAACGAUCUUUACGGUUGGUUCCAGCACGACUUGGAAUGCUAUGAACACCAUAGCAACAAGAGAAGGAGCCGUCACACCAGACACUACGCUCCGUACAGCCACCAGAGACCCAGCCGAUACGCUCGUCGUGGCUACAACGACUGAGGCGGAGAGCUUUAGAUUGUAAUUUUUUAUUGUUUUAGUUGUUUAAAUUUUCAGUAAGUUUUAUUGUUCUUUUAUCACUAAGAAUAGAUUUUAAUUUUUUUCAUUCAAAAGAAUUUUAAAAAGAAUUUGUGUUUUUUAUAUAAAGUGGAUACUAAAAUUUCAGGA